AUGAAGCCUUCUUCAGGCAAGGGUCAAGGAAAGGGCCAGGGCCAAGGCAAAGGCAAGGGCGGCAACAACAACAACAACAACAAGAACGGCCUUGGUGAUGCUAUCGGCGGCGCUCUCGCUCAGCUCGGCCUGGAUGGCGUCCUCAAUGUUGGCAAGAUCAACAGCCUCAGCGGCGCUCAACAGAUCCAGCUGCUCUCUCAAAUCACCACCAUCCAGACACUGGCUGACUUGUCAAUGGUCAACUCCAAGCAAGUCGCCGGCGCGCUGAACCAGGGCUUCAAGAGCAGCGGUCUCAAUGUUGUCAUCAACGGUUAA